AUGAAGGCAGUAUGGAAAUCAGCACAAUAUAGCACACGUACGAAGCUAAGAAUCUACCAGAGCUGCAUACUUACCACCUUUCUCUAUGGAUCAGAGUGCUGGCGUAUGACAGAGAAAGACAUGUCUAGGCUAUCUUCCUUCCACACAACCAGUCUCCGGAGAAUCCUAAGGAUAUUCUGGCCCAGAAAAAUCUCCAAUGAGCAAGUACUGGAAGAGACCAAUCAAGAAAGCAUGAGAACCAUCAUCACCAGAAGACGGUGGAAGUGGAUUAGCCACGUGCUCCAAAAAGAAGACACAUCUAUCACCAAAACUGCAGAGUGCUGGACCCAUAAAUGGAAAAGAAAGAGAGGACGUCCUAAAACAACUUGGCGCCGAACAGUGGAACUAGAGAUGAAGGAGACAGGACACAGUUGCGGCACCAUCGAGAGAUUGGCAAGGGAUAGACCGGCGUGGAGGAACUUCGUCGCUGCCCUAAAUGCCACAAGGCGUGACAGGAAAUGA